GUUUCAUCUUUGAGGGGAAAGUGACUCACUCCAUAAUCUAUUUGCAGGCCAUUUGUUUUGAAAUGGAAUUGACGUUGCAUAGGAUUAUGUAGAUCAGUUGUUUGUCGAAAAUGGUGAAGGAGGUAGGUGGCGGAGCACAGAACCUCCCGGCGGAUGUUACUCAGCUGAUCGAUCAACUCGAGCGCCACUGCUUAGCUCCCGAUGGCUCUCUCGUCUCAAAAUCCACCCACUACGAUCUUCAACUUGCGAGGGAUGAGAUGACGAAAGAGAGACAGCGCUACUUGGAAGCGUUGGCAAUUUACAUUGAAGCAGUUGGGAUGGUUGAAGAGUAUCAGCAAGCUCUUUCUGUGGCCAACAUUGGUGGAAUUCGAGACGUUCAGGGUCACUACCCUCAAAUUGGGUUGAAAACCUCUCCUCAGGUUUAUGAGGCUCUUGAGCAUCGGAUGGCGGUGGCAGAAGCUGCUCAAAGACUGAGGCUACCUCUGAUUUCCAAAGACGGUGAGGUUCAAGAUGACGAAAUUGACAAGUGGAGUACACUCUCAAGAAGUUCCCUAGACAGCACAGGCACCAGCGUCACUAUCAGCUCAAAUUUGACUAAUUUCACAGCUGCUGCUGGAAUUACUGUUCCAUCUACCGAUGCUUCAGAACCUUCCAUUGGUGGUGUUCCUAAUCAGUACCUAGGAAUAACACCUACCUAUUUAUGGCAGGCUCAACUCCUGCAGUCACCAUUAUGCAUGGACACAACAGAAUAUCAGAUAUUGCUUUCACGUGAGAUUGGAAGUCGGUUAGAUGCUAAAUGUGAUAAGUUAGCAGAUGUUAUUGCCUUAGACGACAUUGAUACAUCCAUCAGUAAUCAAGUACCAACUGCUCGCCUACCAGAGAGGGUAAAGGUGAUAAUUGAAGAGAUUGAGAGAGAAGAAGCAACCUUGCGUGAAGAUUUAUACUCAUCGGACAGAAAAUUUGCAGAAUAUUACAACGUUUUGGAGCAGAUACUUGGAGUUCUUAUCAAGCUCGUCAAGGAUAUAAAGUUGCAACAUCAGCAUAAAUAUGAUGAGCUGCAAAAGACUUGGCUGAGUAAAAGAUGUGAUACCAUGAGUGCAAAGUUGAGGGUUUUAGAGCACAUUCUUCUGCUUGAGACAUAUACACCGGACACAAUCCCAGCUCUCCAUAAAAUAAGGAAAUAUUUGGUAGAGUCAACAGAAGAAGCUUCACUUGCAUAUAAUAAAGCGGUGACUCGCCUCCGUGAGUACCAGGGUGUAGAUCCCCACUUUGACAUGAUUGCCAGACAAUACCAUGACAUUGUCAAGAAAUUGGAAAAUUUGCGUUGGACUAUUCAGCAGGUAGAAAUGGACUUGACACGUUUGCCUACUCCGCAUCCUGUGGGUACUUAGAGUACUUUCUUUAUAAGCAGAGAGAACAAAGCUGACCGCCCACCAUCACUGUUCUUUUCAGGCGAUUGUUGCUAUAAAUACCUACUGCCAUGUCAAGUCCAACAGAUUGAAAACUGUGUUCAAUUAAAAAAAAUGUUAAGUUACAAUUUUUUUUUUUUAGAGAAAGUUACAAUUGUUUAGGUGCUGAUAAAACACUGUUUUUAAUCGUAAUUUAAUUAAUUAGAUUCAAAUUUUAAGGGGAGUGCACCGGUUACAGUGUUGUAUCACUUGUAUAGUUGUAUGACUGACCGGUCAUGGGUUCAAGUUUUGGGAACGGUCUCUUGUCAAAAUUACAAGGAAUUUCAUCCGUCC